UCCGUCUCCCUGCUGUCACUUAUCUUAGCAGGCUUUUUCUCUCUCCUCCGUCACCCCCACACAUUUCAUAACACGGAGAGAAAGCACGGACUGGCUUCAGGCAGAAUUUAGAAAUGGAAUAACUCUAAUUUGAUUAUUCUGCACUGAGCGAGUGCUAUUCCCUCCUCCCCCUUCUUUCUCGAGGGAGAGAAGUUGUAAACCUGGGCAUAAGUGCAAUGUAUUUUUAUAUUGUCCUUAAUGGCCCAAACUGCUUGACAAUCAGAACUUGCUCCCUGUAGCAAAACCUGGCGGCUCACCUAUCCCGCGUUUCUUCAGCAAUGCUAGUACUAGAAAAUGAAGUUGCGGCCCAGGAUCCCUCCCGUUAGGAACGCGCCUUUUCUGGCAAUGUAGCUUUCAGUUCCGCGGGUUCUGGAGGCCGGGGUGGAGGGAGGCUCCUUAGGGACCUUCGAGGUGAUGCUAGUCUUAGGUUCUUGCCCCACGGAUCUGCCCGCACCCCCUGGGAUCGCGCCCGGCCCUCCGCGAUUCGCCUCUUGCAGCGUCCGGGAGUUCUUGGGCAGGAUAAGGUUACGCCGGGGCUUCCUUGGACAGGAGGAGGGGAGGCGGGUCUGAGUCCGCGCCCUGGCUCUCGGGGGUGUUCCCACAGUUGGCAGCCCAGGCCAGCCGGGCCACAUCCCUGCUGUCGGGAGGGUGCAGCGCGAGGGCCGCCGAACGCAGCCCUGGGGUCUGCCCCGGCCAUGGCCAGGGAGAAGUCACCCGGGAGGAGCUGCAGCUCACUGAGCCGGUGUCUGCUGGGCGCCGCGCUGCUAGUGGGCCUGCGGCUCUGCGCGGAGCUGCGGCGCGCCGGGCCCCGACCCCCAUCCCGCAGCGCCCCGCCGAAUCCCGCCCCUCCGCUGCCUGCGGCGCACCUGCGGCCGGCGCCUGGCCCGCCGCGUGGCGCCAGCAGGAGGCAGGUGACCUACGUGCGCAGCGGGCGCCGAGCGUCGCCGCGGGGCGGCGGGAGCCGUACGCCGGAGCCGAGCUGCUGCGCCCCGCGCGGGCGUCCCAGCUGGAAGGGUCCCCGGUGGCACAUAGACCUCCAGCCUUGGGCAGGCCCUGCCCAGUCCCUGGAUGAAGAAGCCUUGAGGUUCCUGAGAUAUAUCAGCACCACCCAGAUUGCAUGUGAUCACAUGAGCACAGACCGCCUGGCCGCCGAUGCCAGCCCUGAGAAGAAGCCCUGGUCGGUUUGUCUUGAUGACAGGUUUGGCUUAGCUCAUCAAAUCCGCAACAAGCAGUGCCGUCUCUACUCUUUAGGGCUGGGAAGUGAUGAUACCCAUUUCGAGGUCAGCAUGGCCAACAACGGGUGUGAAGUGCAUCGUUUCGACCCUAGUGUCAAAUCAGCUCACAUUCUGGAGAGUCAGCACUUUUGGUAUCACCGCUUGUCCAUCAACUGGCGCGACCCCCAUCCAGCUGUUGCUGCCCAGAAACUACACAGCAACACCAGAAAAUUGGGAACCAUUUUGAAUGAAUUUGGGCAUCACAAGAUUGAUGUUCUCAAAGCAGAUCUGGAAAGUGCAGAAUGGAAAGUUUUGGAAAAUCUUAUUCUGGAAGAUGUCCUUGAGCAAAUUGGACAGCUCAUCUUCGAGAUCCAUCUCCACUGGCCUGGGUUCGAGGUCAGUGGCAGUGACAGCAGUGUAGUGCGGUUCUGGUACAGCCUCCUCAAAGAACUGGAACUAAAGGAUUUCAGGCUUUUUCACAGUUAUAAAGAUUUAUCUAAACCUCAGCUAUUCCUGAAGAAAGACAUUUUCAAUGCAAGUAGCUGUUAUACUCUCAGUUGGGUGAAUACAAGGUGGAAAUAGGCUGCAGGACCUCAUCAAGAACUCGAGGAAAUAUUUACAGAAUGGAGUACGUCCAUGAUUCUAGCUACCGUUUUACGUGUACAGGCUCCCACUAGGCUGUUGCCUGCUUGAGGCAGACAUGGUUAUUGCCUCUGUGGUGUGGCCAGCCGGGCGCCCGCCACGUGGCCAGGGCGCAUUAAUGCGUUAAGGCGAGGGUGGACGCGGAGUCAGCCCUAUCCGCCCACACCCGGGCUCUGUGCCUGUGUACCUCCGACAGAGUGGGGAUGCCCGUCUUCCUUCCCUUCGGUUUGGAAGAUGAUCCUCCGCUUACCUCAGUUUUCUCUAAAAUUCAUUAUGUAUCAAUAAUCCAUGAAUUCACCAACAUAAAAAGGAAAUUACACAAAUUUUCCUUUUUUAUGGGGUAGAUGAGAUUCUCAAGUUUGCAGCCUACUGUUCAAAGUAGGAUCUUCCAUUUGACUUGAACUCACCUCUUUCAUGUUCACCUUGUGAUAACAUUCUGUCCACCUUGUAGAUUUCAGUCACUCCUCCUCAGCCUUUGCUGAGGCCAUGCCAGCGUUUUAUAAAACCCAUGGAUCCUAGUAUCUGGGAACUGAGACACACCAAGUUCUCUCACUGAGCUUAGGAGUAGACUGUCAAGAGCUGCACCUCGGCGUCCUUUCCCGCGGAGCCUUAAGUCCCCUUCUGCGCCUAUGAACUAAGCACAGAGGAGAAUUCGAGUCCCUAUUGCUGCCUCUUCUGACUUCAAACCUGAUUUCUCAACCACAGACUUGCCUAUGCUGUCGAUUCUUUUUUCCCUCCCUAAAUAUAUUAUCUCAAAGAUUAAGUGAGUGUUUCUUUACUGCCAGUUGGUAUAUGGUGGUCUGAGGGCCAGAGUCUCUUUCCUGGGGUGGUUACACAGUGUUUCAGUAGUGCCAAUCCUUUAUACUUUUUAAAAACAUAUGAAGCAGAAAAUUAAGGUUCUCAGUCAUUCAAAUAAUCUUUUUCAUUUUUAUUUGCCAGAUUAGACAUUUACCCCUAUGAAUAAUUUUCAAAUACCUAUUUCAAAUAAAUUAAUUAAAUACUGUACUUUUCAGACCCUAAGAUGCACCUAGGUUUUAGAGGAGGGAAAUAGGAAAAAAAAUUGAAGCAAAAAAUGUGGUAGAAUAUUUAAUAACAUAAAUAACAUAAUAUUUCACCAAUGUAAAUGUAAACAGAACUUGACAGCACCAUUAACAACCAUAAUUCCUCCCAAAUUUGGGGGACGGGGGGGAAGGUACAUCUUAUAGUCUGAAAAAUACGGUAGUAUAAAGUGAACCAAGUUAUUACCUUAUUACAAGUUAAGUAUAUUUUAUGACACUUUUUACAUCCUGCCAGAGCAGAAAAACCGUAUAUACAUGUUUGUUCAAGAAAUUUGGGACAGGAGUAGAAUAUCGAUUAGUACUAAACUUUAUACCCGUUUUUUCUCGUUUUUUUUUGUUUUUUUUUUUACCCAUUUCUACCCCCGACGGUCCCUGGGCUUUUUGUUUCUUGCAAUGGUUUGAAAAUACCAUUCCUCAAGUGAGAAACCAAAAUAUAUUAGAAUUGUAUGAUUUCACUAACUUGGGUUCAAAAGAAACAAGACUUUCUGAAUUAGCGAUGAUUUUUUAAAAUAUAAAUGAGGUUUUUACUUUAAAACCCAUAGUGGACUAAUAAGUUGUCGAGUGGGGAGGACCCGUUCGAAUAAGUGAGAUUUGUGGUAGCAGUUCAGUCGCUUUCAUCACCCACAGGGGCUUCAAAAGUACAAAGGAUCCACAGACACUCUAAAGUCAUACCGUCGGCUCGCGUGGGGUGGCCUCCAAAACAAAGUUCUCUUUGGCACAGUUCCUGUUUGGAUUAUACCACAGGCUCUCUUUUCUUUUGUUUCCUAAAAAUGUUAUGCAUUGAAGCAUAUACAACAAACCUUUUUAUGCAUUAAACAUGUUAAACCUUCUUAUACACUAAAGUAUGGAGUAUAUUGAUCUUAAGUGCCUAGAUUUGUACACAGCCAUAUCAAGAUUUUCAGUUCACGGGAUUGAAGGUUCAUGGCAUUACUGAAAACCCCCUUUGUAUGGGGCAAGUUACCAGUUAUCCCAGAUUGGUAGUACGGAACACUGACUUCAGCACACCACACACGCAUGUAUCUGAAGCAAGGGUGGGUGUACUGUUAAAAAAAAAAAGACAAACUCAAAAUAAAUCACAAACACACCUACCCACACCCACCUACUAGGCAGCCUGUUCAAUAGUUAUCUGUACUGAUUUUAUGCUUAUUUCUAAGACUGUCCUUCAUUCCCUUUAUGGAGAGUUUGAAAUUUAUGAUGAAUUUUCUGACUGUUGCUAUGGUUUCUCUGCCUCUAGAAUUUAUUGUGAUUACUGUGUUGGCCGGGGUUUCUUAACCUCAGCACUACUGCGGUUCCGGACUGGAUAAUACUUUGUUGGGGGAGGGAGGGCUGUUCUGUGCAUUGUAGGAUGUUUAGCAGCCUCUUUGACCCUCCCCACUAGAUGCCAGGAGCACCUUCCCCCCUCCCUUUUCAGUUGUGACAACCAGAUAUGCCCCCAGACGGUGCCAAAUGUCCCCUAGAGGGCAGAGUCCUCCGUGGCCGAGAACUGGUGUUGGCCAUGAGAAAUGGUCUAGGUUACCAUGGCACUGGUGUUUGGUCCUGCUGGUGAAGAGCAGGCAAAACCACCAUAAACAAACACCAAAUCAAGAGCUACUAUUUACUAAGCACUUACUAUGUGCCCAGCACUGUCAUAGAUUAUUCCUAAUUCUUCCAACAACCUACAAAGCAGUGUAGUUUCCCCAGUGACAUAUGCAGGGAAGGAAGCUCUGAGAUGUUAAAUAGAAAUCCCUGUCUCAGACUGUCAGAUCGCAAAGCCUGUGCUGGUCCCUCCACAAUGCUGCCUCAAUGGCUGCUAGCAAAUAUAAGAUGCCACUUUCAAAAGACAUAAUUGUGCCUCCCUAUUAGUAAAUGGGAGGAAAAACCUACAAAUAUACUAAGACCAGACUUGCAAAUUUCUUAGAGUGGGGGUUAUUUCUGUAGCAUGCAGGUUUAAUUUAAACAAUCUAUUUGAUAAAAAUAUGUCCGCCAAAUGGAGGCUUACUGAAAAAAUAUUCUCUUUGAAUAUAUUCAGAUUGCCAGAAAAGCUCUUGCAAGGCCCUGGAAGGGACUCCUGGCCCAAGCUUGUCCUAAUACUCGUCACUUUUCCUCCUGGAUUUUAGAAAGGGCACAGCCACUCGGAAACGCAGUUCCUCUUGUUGCACACGUUUUCGAUCCUGGUAACUGAGCUCAGAUGGGAAUACUGGUGCCAUAAUUAACUUUUACCAGAGCAAUGCUCAUAAAUGAAUCUGAAAGUGCAAAUUAAAUGAUAAUGCUCUUGUCCAAUGAUUUUAAAAACUGCCCUUUUUUUUCAGGAAGUAGGAGAUUCUUUUUUUCUGAGGAUAUAAGAGAUUUAGAGGUCACCUUUCAGCACAAACUCUGUUACAAUUUGAGAUUAAAGUCAAAGAAAAACAAUUUUGCCUUUCCCUGUUUCUUAGAGUGAUUACAUUUGGUGAAGUUAUAGUAGGUUAUCUUAUAAAUAUUUGUAGGUGUUUGAAAUGUUCACAUGAAGAGAGCCAGGGAGAAGUAAACACACUUCCAUUAGAAUUGAUUGACGGUCCAUUAAUAUUUACAUCAGGGUAAAACAAAAGUAAAUUCAUGAAUUUACAGUGUUUAGUUCAAAUUGGCUAUAAAAGUUUAGUAUGUAGUAAAUACAAUACAAGAUUUGCAUUUCCUAAGCAUUAUGUGUUUGAAGUUGGCAAAGCUUGGAUUUAUGCCAGAAAACUAGCUUCAUCAUAUUUUUCCAGAUUAAAAAUGGAGGCCUCAUUUAAAUAGUUUACUGUACUUGACAAUACAGUGGUAUCUCCAAGCUCAGUUAAUAUAAUUGUUCUUUUCUUCUGGACAUAAAUUUGUGUUUGCCUUUUAAGCAAUAACAUAAAUUUUUUUGUAUUAGCCCAUUGCUGGCUUUUUGUGAAUUAAAUAAUACAUUUAACCUUCUGCUAGAAAUGUCUUCCUUUUUCUUACAUUGAAAGAGGUAUUUGAACUUAUCACAUGAAAUCAUACCCCCAGAAUUCAGUGUAUUCUUAAACUACCUAAAUUUAGAAAUUCUUGAAAUAAUGUUAUUCAAAAAAUAUAUCAGGCAAGCUUAAUGUCACACUUUAUGUUCAGCACUAUAUGGAAAAAUGUUAAUUCCCAAUAUUUUAAAACUAGUGCUUUGUAAAAUUGGCAACUUCAUUUUGUUGCAUAAAAUAUUUUAAGCUUUUUCUUAGUGAUUGGUUUUGUGCAAUUGGUUUCAGAUGAUCUGAAACAAUAAGGGAUUUUUUUUUCCUGUCAAGUUUGAAUUCUAAUGUACUCUCUCAAUAGAAGGAGCCUGGUACACACAGGACAGAUAAGCAAGCAGUAUGUGCUAGGGGGCAAUCGUGGUUGGUAAAUGGCUGCAGGCCUCAGUCAUUCUCCUUCACUGUAGUCCCUUCCCCAGGAAGCCUAGACCUCUCCACGGUCGAGCAGUUAAUGCACAGCACACUAGGCAGCUUCCAGCUCUCUGCCCCAGAGCAGAGGUUAGCUUCUAUUCUAACUGCCUCAUGUCCUAUGUUACUGGUUGCUGGAUAUUUUGAUAUCAGCUCUGGGUGAGUAUAUAUAAUGAGCAAAAGCCCAAGUGCAUUCUAUAACAUUAAUGAAACCACAAUUGUGUCAAAAAUAAGCAAUUAUUUGUGCAGACAAUAUUAUUUCUCAAGGGUUGAUGUCACAUCAAACAUGGUCUCCUCAGGGAACCUUGAUCCCAUUAAAGGCCCCCAGCUAUGUGUCUCUGUGCUGCCCUCUAACCUCCCUAUCUUCACAAGCCUUGUAAUUUAACAUAUCUGCUUAUAUAAUGGUUGUGUUUCCCAGCAGACUGUAAGCUCCAUGAGGGUGAGGGUCGUCUGUAGCCUCCGUGCCUUCUAGGUAAAAGGUGCUCAAUAAAUAUUGGUUGAAUACAAAUAAAGAAAGCUAUGUCACAUAGGA